GAGUUCGGCAUUACAAAUUCGCAAUAUGGUGCAUUACAAUCAAGUGUAUCUAUUGUCAAUACCGUCUUACCUUUAAUCGGUGGCAUUUUUAUUGAUGCGUUUGGCACGAUUCCUGGCUCCAUUUUAACGACUGUUUUGAUUGCUUGCGGAAAUAUAUUGGUAGCCGCUUCCACCUCUAGUAGGAAUUUAUUAAUGAUGAUCUUCGGACGUGUUUUGUAUGGUAUUGGUAGCGGUACAGUAGUUAUCGUUCAAGAGACCAUCCUUUCACAGUGGUUUCAAGGAAGAAGUUUGGCUGCAGUGAUUGCUCUCAUGUUGACUGUAAGCAGACUUUCAUCUUUCUUAGCGCAAGCUACAGUCGUACCCAUUGCGAAUUGGUCAGGAUGGUAUGGCUAUGGUUUUUGGUUUUCUGCACUUUUAUGCGUCUUCUCUUUAGUUGUUAAUCUGAUCUAUAUCAUUCUGCUAAAGACCGUUCGUAGUUUGAAUAUAAAGAAGGAUUGCCAAGUGCAACGUAAUGUUAUUAAGAAAAAGAAAUCUUUCAGCUGGACCAAACUUAUGUAUCUACCACAUUCUUAUUGGCUAAUUGCUGCGAUGGAGUUCUUGCUCGGUGGAGCGUGGGGUUGUUUCUUGCACAUUAACAGGUUCGGUUAUGAUAACAGCACUGCGGCUGCCGUUGCCAGUGUCGCUCAAUUCUUGCCGAUAUUCAUUAUGCCCUUUUUAGGAUUCUUUGUCGACAAAUAUGGCAAGCGUACCUGGAUGAUGACGGGAAGUGGUCUUACUUUCUUAUUGUCCCUUCUUCUUUUGGAAUAUACUCAUCUUCAUCCCCUCCUUGGCUUGGUCAGUUUCAGUGUCAGUUUAGCCUUGGGACCAGUAGCUCUUGUCUCCUCUGUACCGCUUAUUUUACCUUUAUCAUUGGUGGGUACUGGUAUGGGCUUGAUCAAAUCAUGUACGAAUAUUGGUGCGUCUCUAUUUGAUAUUAUUACGGGCUUACUACAAGACCACGACCCGAACAAAGGGUACAAUGGUGUGAUGUUUUUUUUCGUCAUUAUCGGUAUUUUAGCCAUCCUUGCCGGUAUCACUUUAUUCAUUCUAGAUCGUGCCAUUUAUGGCCAUACUUUAGAUGCGCGCAAAAACCAGCAAGACCAGCAAAACAGUGGUGCUAAACGAUCGUUAAUGAAUAAGAAACUCAGGUCGAAUUACUUUUAUGGAGGGUUGUAUGUUGUAUUGGCGAUGACAAGCUGGAUUUUGUUCUUCCGAUAUGUUCUCUUUUAA